AUGGAAAUCUGUAAGUAUAUAAAUUGUCGGUACGGUAGUGGUGGACUGCAGGAAAAGAGUAUAUACCUCGACCUUUUCAACCCGUCACAUACAUCAUCCGGCGGUGGUGGCGGUGGACGUACAAAUCCGGGAGGCGGCGGCGGUGGCGUAAAACUCAUUUUGAUUUAUGACCCAAAAAGCACAAACUCGCACACACAAAGAUAUAGAUUUAAUGUUCUGACCCUGGCGAAAUAUGAUUUUCGGCGAGCGGAAACUGUCAGGUCGUUCAUCAACCACACCGCCGGCUGGGUAUCGAUCGUCCACCGCCUGUAG